AUCACAACAAGUUAUGACGACUGCUGUAUUGUUUUAACGUUUGUUCAGUUUCUGUGAAUGUUUUUUUGAAUACUUUCAAUAAUGAAGAAAGUGUUUUUUAUAUAUUUAACAUGCUUGCUAUUCGACUCCAUUAAAGCAGUCUUUUGAUUUUGUUUUUAUAAUGAGAAGAACUUGGAUUGUUUUUGACAUGUAUUUCAAAUAUAAUAAUUCUACUAAAUAUUUUGAACAUGAGCUGCACAGAUUCACCUUUCAACGAUCCGAAUUACUUUGUAUACUUCCAUUCACUGGAUGAUAAUUUAAUGAAAAUGGGCGAGCAAUCAAAGAAAAUGUGCGAAAAACUGGAAAUGAAUGAAUGCUGCUUUACUGUCAGAAAUGAAUAUGAGAAAGACAUAAAAGUUUUCAUGCAAAGUGAAGAAUGCUAUAAGUGCAAUCUGUUGGAGCAAAUGCACAUUCCUCCAGGAUCUGAAGACAACAUAACUAUUAAUGUUGAAUUUGGAAGGCAUUAUGAAAUAGAAAUAGUUUCGGAAAACUUUACAAAACUAUGCAAACAAGAGUUUCAAGAAGGUGGAAUGUAUGCAUUAAAUUUCACGGGAAACUGGACAGUAUGCUCAGAUAUAAAGACUACGAACAAACUGCACAACAUAUAUUUACCUCUUCUGUAUGCAUUUCUAGUUUAUCUCUCUAUUGCCAUAUUGUGGAUUGUUGGAAAAUAUCUUUAUAAGAGAUAUUUUCAUAAACUCUUAAAGAGGGAUUCUAUUGAAGUUUCAUCGGAAGAACUUAAUGCCGGUUUAUCAAACUCAGUAACUCAGGUUUCUCAAGCGGGAACCAAGAAACGAAGAUUGAGAUCAUUAGAUACUUUCAGAGGACUAUCAAUUGUAAUCAUGAUAUUUGUAAAUUAUGGAGGUGGAGGAUAUCAGUUUUUCAGUCAUGCGGUGUGGAAUGGAUUAACAGUAGCAGAUCUAGUGUUUCCAUGGUUUAUUUGGAUAAUGGGUGUUUCCAUGGCAUUUUCUCUACGUUCUCUACUUAGAAGAUCAACACCCCGACUCCGAAUAUUUCGCAAGAUUGUAAAGCGUACUCUGAUUUUAUUCUUAUUAGGAUUGAUGUUAAACACUUUUAAACCUGAAAAAACUGAUUUGAGAGACUUAAGAAUACUUGGAGUAUUACAAAGAUUUAGUAUUUCAUAUUUCGUGGUUGCUACUGUUCACAUGUUUUUUGCCAAACCACAGGAUGUAUGUGCGCAUACAAAGUGGGCAGCUGUUAGAGACAUUGUCUGUUAUUGGAUGGAAUGGUUGAUAAUGUUAUCACUUUUGGCAGCUCACAUCCUAUUAACAUUUCUUUUAUAUGUACCAGGCUGUGGACGAGGUUAUCUUGGACCCAAUGGUCUGUAUGAUCAUGGGAAAUACGAAAAGUGUCGUUAUGCUGGAGGAGCUGCCAGUUAUAUCGACUACCAUGCUCUUACUUGGAGUCACAUGUAUCAACACCCAACAUUAAGAAAACUUUAUGAUCCAAACAACGAAUUUAGAAUUAUCUAUGAUCCAGAAGGUCUAUUGGGAUGCCUGACUUCCAUAUUUCUGGUCUUUUUGGGAUUGCAGGCAGGGAAAAUUUUACUAACUUAUAAAGAGUGGAAGCCAAGGGUAAUGCGGUGGAUGCUCUGGGGUAUUUUAACGGGCACUGUUGCUGCAAUUCUGUGUAAAUGUUCAAAGAAUGAUGGAUGGAUACCUGUCAACAAAAAUCUAUGGUCUGUUUCUUUCAUAAUGGCAACAGGCAGCAUGAGUUUCAUUCUUUUAAGUAUUUGCUACAUUUUCUGUGAUGUUUUAAACUGGUGGAAUGGAUCGCCAUUUUUCUUUCCCGGAAUGAAUUCCAUUUUAUUAUAUGUUGGUCAUUCCAUGACCGGAAAGAUGUUUCCCUGGGCCUGGGCAGUGGAAAACACUCACGGCUACCGUCUUAUGAUCAAUCUGUGGGCCACGUCGCUAUGGGUCCUUAUUUCCAUAUGGUUAUACCAUAAAAAAUUUUUCUUGGCCAUAUAGUUUUUCUUUCCAUAGGAUUCUUUUUGUAAGAUAUCCACUGUUUAACCUCUGUCACAAAAAACUAACUUUGUCUGCAUCCAAAGUCUAAAUACAGUAGUUUAAUUGUCAGGUUUAACAUGUGGGCACACUAACAGAAUAACCAACAAUACUCUAGCUUGCUAUCAGUUGAUCUAUAAACUGUUCUCAACAGUUUGUACAGGCAAACCAGUUCUAAACAAUAGAUGACUAUAAAAUUAAUGUACAAUCAUUCUGUACACACAACAUUAAUGAAAUGUUCAAUGCCAUGAUGUUGUAAAUGCAAUGUUUAUCUGCUGCAAAAAAUAUUGUGCAAUGGUGGUACUGUAAGGGUGCGACUAUGCAAACACGAGCAAGCGAGAAUAUGUGGCGAGAAGAGGCAAGACGCGAUAAAUAUCAAAACCUGUCAGAUAUGUGCGAGAAUCAGAAAUUCGCUCUCGCCAGCAUUAUUUCUUGCUUCUCGUUUGUGCAUGGUUUUCCUUUGCGAAAACUAAAUCGCUCACUCUAAAUUCGCGUCUGCGUAGUUGCACCCUAAGUGGCUGUAUUUUGAAGUUGAAUUUAUGUGCAAGCCUUAUGGCAUUGCACGCUGCAGGUAUAUAAACAUAUCUGACAUUCCAAUAGAAAAAAUGCAUAUAUUUUAAAUACCAUGCCCACAUGAUUUAAAAAAUCACUUUGUCCACGACAUUAAUUACUCAUUUAAAAAUAUUCCUACAGUUUUUAUAUGGAUGGCAUAUUUUUGUAUUGUUUAACUUUGUACUGUAACAAAAGCAUUACAGCAAGUUUGAUAAAAUUAUUUUUAUUGAAUUUUGAUCAUUAAUAUAUCCAAAUGUUACAACAUGACUUAUUUUUCUACAAUAAAAAUGAGUAGAGAGAGUUUCUCCAUGUAAAUAUUUAAGUAAAAUAAAAUAUAUAUAAGUUUAUAUUAA